AGAGAGAAACAACGCCUGAGGUACAGGACAUGUAUCAUAGGAGAUUAUAUACAAUGACAGGGGGAAUUGGGUAAGUCAAUGUCACACUGUGCGCAUAUCUAGACAGCUGACAGGCAGGCACUAGAAUUUGAAGAAUGUAUCAAAGUAAUCAGAGUUGAAGCAAAUACAAGUGAAACAUAUAAUGGAGAGAUGGCAGCCAAACGACUUGCCAAUUUCAACAUCCCAUUCCAAAGCCAUUAAGGUUUAUCUCAAAGCUGUUCUUGAAGCCAGCUCUAGUUCAGCUGGCAAGGUCAUUAAGACUAUGGUGUGUUGCUUUUUCACCGAGACAGCCAUCUCCGAGUCGGUGAUGCAUUUCAUACUAAGGUGCCCCUGCCAAACAAACACAUGGAGGACUUUCCAACGUCAACAAAAUUAUGAAGAGUUCUCUAGCGGUUCGGAACACAAGCCAGCACGUUCAGCCGUUGAAGUUGCUUGACUUCCGAAAGAUGUUUUGUUUGAGAUCGAGUGCAUAGCAGGGUGG